AUGAGCAGGAGGUGGAUACAGAACCCGAAUAGGUGUGCAAAUGAAUAUUUGGAUGGAAUCGAGGAUUUUAUUGCCUUUGCACGAGCACACAACUCGGGUGCAACUAGAAUCCGUUGUCCUUGUCGGAGGUGUAACAACACGUUGUGGGAGACAAUUGAAAAUGUUCAAUUUCAUUUGGUAAGGAAUGGAAUGAUUGAGACAUAUAGCACUUGGACCUAUCACGGGGAACAAUUAGACAUUGCUUCGUCUUCAAGGGUCACAAGAGUGGAGAAUGUUGAACCUAUUGUGGAUCCUAAUGAACAAGUCAUGGAUAUUCUAAAUGAUGCUUUUCCAUUUGCAUCGACAAGUAGCAAUCAGGAGGGGGAAGAUGACGUGCCUACAUCAAUGGACAUUCCAGACUUCGAACAGUAUGAAAAACUGUUACAAAAUGCCAACCAAGAGUUAUACCUGGGGUGCGAGAACUUUUCUGUUCUCACGGCCAUUGUGGAGCUAAUGCACGAAAAAAUAAAGUAUCAUAUAUCGAACCUGUGUUUCGAUUACUUUUUAGGGGUUUUUAAGAGAAUGCUUUUGACGGACAAUUGUUUGCCAAAAGACCACCGACAGGCGCAGAAGGUGUUGAAUGGUCUUGGAUUAGGUUAUGAAAAAAUUCAUGCUUGCAAAAACAAUUGCAUGUUAUUCUACAAAGAGUAUGAAACAUUGGAUACAUGCCAUGUAUGCAAUGAGUCGAGGUUCAAAACAACAUCUUAG